UCCUGUCCGAAGGUCGUCGUAUUUUCACAACCAAUCCGAUAAAGCAAAAACCCUUACUCUUUGUUCUCUCCUACCCCGCGGCCGUCUACCGUCAUACCAGCCAGCACCAACAGUCGGCGGGAGAGCGCCUCGACGCCUCUCCGUCUCCCCGCCCCUCCCAGCCAGGAGAGACCCGCACCCUCUCGGAGUCGAGCCAUCUACUCCAACAUGGACAUAUCCGGCGCUGGCGCCAAGGAAGCCGUGCAGGAAAAGCUCGGAGGCCCAGGUGAGGCGGCCGUCGCGAGCUUGGACGAGAAGUCCCCGGGCCUCGACAGUAGCGACCCGCUCUAUAUCGAUCCAGACCUCGAGAGGCGAGUGAGGCGCAAAAUCGACCGUAACCUGGUGCCCUUGGUCAUGGUCCUUUACCUGGUCGCCUUUCUAGACCGCUCCAAUAUCGGCAACGCUGAGACAGCCGGCAUGAGUAAUGACCUUGGUUUCGAUGACCCCCAUUACCAGUGGCUGUUGACUAUCUUCUACAUCCCAUACAUCCUCUUCGAAUGGACGGCCUUGAUGUGGAAAGCCGUGCCCCCUCACAUCUGGGCAUUUAGCUGUGUGAUAGUAUGGGGUCUUGCCGCGACCCUCCAGGCCGCGGCCUUCAACUGGGAGGGCCUGAUGGUGUGCCGCUUCUUCCUGGCGAUGGCCGAGGCGGGCUUCGGGCCGGGCGUGCCGUACCUGUUAUCCUUCUUCUAUAAGCGGCACGAGCUGGGCUUCCGGUGCGGCCUCUUCGUGUCGGCCGCGCCGCUGGCCACCACCUUCGCUGGCGCGCUCGCCUACGGCAUCACCUCGGGCCGCCCCGCACGCCUCGCCAACUGGCGGCUCCUCUUCCUCGUCGAGGGCCUCCCGUCGGUGCUGCUCGCCUUCGUCGCCUGGCGCUACAUGCCCGACGCCCCCGACACCGCCCGCUUCCUCACCGACGACGAGCGCCAGGUCGCCAGACUCCGCGCUAUCCAGCAGACCGGCACCGAGGGUACGCAGCGCGUCGGCCAUGUCGACGUCAGGGAUGUCUUUGCCGCGCUAGCUGACUUGAAGACUUGGAUCCCGCCCUUGAUGUAUUUUAGCUGCAACGUCUCCUUUAGCAGCCUGCCGGUAUUCCUGCCGUCCAUCAUCCAGAGCAUGGGGUUCACGGCGAUCAACUCGCAGGGGCUCAGCGCGCCGCCGUACUUCCUGUCGUUCCUGGUGUGCCUGGGGACGACGUGGGUGGCGGACCGGACGCGGCAGCGGGGGCUGAUGAUCGCGGGGCUCUCGGCGGUCGCGGGCGUCGGGUACGUGCUGCUGGCGACGUGCGCGGGGGUGGGGCCGCGGUACGCGGGCGUGUUCCUCGCGGCGGCCGGCGUGUUCCUCGCGGCGGCCGGCGUGUUCCCGGCCAUCGCCAACGUCCUGCCCUGGACGCUCAACAACCAAGGCUCCGACGCGCGCCGCGGCGCCGGCGUCGCCCUGCUCAACUUCGUCGGCCAGUGCGGACCCCUCCUCGGCACCCGCCUCUUCCCCACCCGCGACCGCCCCUACUACGUCCCCGGCAUGGCCGUCUGCGCCGCCUUCAUGUUCUUCAACGCCCUCCUCGCCCUCGCCCUCCGCGCCCUCCUCGCCCGCGAGAACCGCCGCUUCGAGGCCCGCGACGCUGCUGCCCGCGCGGCCGGCGCCGUCGAUCCGAGGGCUGCCGCCGGCGUCGGCGUCGAGAACGACGGCUACGGGUUUCGGAACUUCCUGUGACGCUCGCCAGGUGACCGGGUUGGUCGGGGGUUGCCGGGUCGGCACCGGCCGAGGAGGACGGCGGCGGGAGAGAGUGGGUUUUAUGGGACAGUUGCCCGGCCUGCCACCGAGCACGUGAAGGCCUUGCUUGCACUCGUCCCGGAAGCCAAACGAAGCUGCCGGCAUUCUUACUUACCCAU